AAUCCAAUCCCAUCCUCUCUCUCUCUGUCUCUGCCUCUCUAGAUAGAAUCAAUCACCGAGCAAGCAAAGCGAUAGCCAUGUACAACAAUGCAGAGGAAGAGUCUCCAAUCCAGCCCCUCCUCCCUCAUCACUACCUCCGUCGAUCAGCCUCCAACACCACCUCUCAGCUAGCGAUCGUCGGCUCAAACCUCUGCCCCAUCGAAAGCCUAGACUACGAGAUUGUAGAGAACGAUUUCUUCAAGCAAGACUGGAGGAGUCGGAGCAAGAUCCAAAUAUGCCAGUACAUAUUCAUGAAGUGGACUCUCUGUUUCGCUAUCGGAAUCGUUGUCGGUCUCGUCGGUUUCACCAACAAUCUCGCCGUCGAGAACGUUGCUGGCUAUAAGUUCGUCGUCACUUCCGACAUGAUGUUGGCUAGAAAGUUUCUGGCGGCGUUUCUUGUUUUUGCUGCCUCAAAUUUUGUUCUCACCUUGUUCUCUAGUGUAAUCACGGCGUUGAUAUCGCCCGAGGCUGCUGGUUCGGGUAUACCUGAAGUCAAAGCCUACUUGAAUGGCGUAGACGCCCCGGGAAUAUUUUCUCUACGGACUCUGCUUGUUAAGGUAAUAUUGAAUUCUUAAUGGCUGGCCUGUCUU